CGACGACGACGGCGGUUUCUAGAGAGUAGGUGUUUUUUGGAAUCCAGUGCCAGUGAAAAACAUUAAAAUAUACACUCCAGUGGCUAGUGGCCGCGGUUACUACGAUCUGCCGUUCGGUGACCGACCGUCGAUAGCAUUUUGGGUUCGCCGCGACGAAAAGCAGCACCAUUACUGUUGUUGUUGGCGUUCCCCCUCCACGGACACGGCACCACGGCAAACAUGUUAACACACAAACCGAACCAGGGUGGACGGAAGAAGAUGCAGGUUUCCUUCGUCAUACGCGAUGCGGAGGAGAAACGGCACCGGAAUGGGGUGAACGCGCUCCAGCUGGACACCAUCAAUGGGCGGCUGUACUCGGCCGGUCGCGAUGCCAUCAUUCGGCUCUGGAACUCCACACAAACCAGCUCACCGGAACCGUACAUCCAGAGCAUGGAACACCACAACGACUGGGUGAACGAUAUCGUACUGUGUUGCGGUGGCCGGAACCUAAUCAGUGCCAGCUGUGAUACCACGGUGAAGGUCUGGAACGCACACAAGGGUUUCUGUAUGUCAACCUUGCGGACACACCGGGACUACGUGCAGGCGUUGGCGUACGCGAAGGACCGCGAGCAAGUUGCGAGCGCUGGCCUGGAUAAAGCUAUCUUCCUGUGGGACGUUAAUACGUUAACGGCACUAACGGCAUCGAACAACACGGUCACGACAUCCAGCAUAUCUGGUUCGAAGGAAUCCAUCUACAGCCUAGCGAUGAACCCGUCCGGUACGAUCAUCGUGAGUGGUUCGACGGAAAACACGCUCCGGAUCUGGGAUCCACGAACGUGCAACAAGAUCGCGAAGCUCAAGGGCCACACGGAGAACGUGAAGGCACUGGUGGUGUCGGAAGACGGUACGCAGGUCGUAUCGGGUAGCUCCGAUGGUAAGAUCAAGCUGUGGAGCAUCGGACAGCAGCGCUGCAUUCAGACGAUCAGCGUACACUCGGAGGGCGUCUGGUGUUUGCUGAUGACCGAGGGUUUCUCACACGUCAUCUCGGGUAGCCGCGAUCGCAAGAUCAUCAUGACCGAGCUGCGCAACCCGUCCAACAGUGUGUUGAUCUGUGAGGAGCGGGCACCGGUACUCAGUAUGUGUUACAACAUUGACCAAACCGGCAUCUGGGUGACGACCUGGGACUCGGACAUUCGUUGCUGGAAGCUCCACAAGACGGACAAACUGUGCAAUUACAGCUACUCCAAUACCAGCAUCAACCUUACCAAUGGUGGUGGCGGUGGUGGUGGUGAUGGGCCGAUAAACGGUGUCAGUGCUGCCGCUGGUGGUGGUGCCACUGCAACCGCAGCCGGGGCUACAGGCAGCUCGUCAGCAAUGGCUGGUCCGGCAACCGGCAAAGGGUACGAGGUGGCAUGUAUUAAGGGUGGUGCGGCCAUCAAGAAGUACCACGUGCUCAACGAUAAGCGCUUCAUGCUGACACGUGACACGGAGCAAAACGUCGCUAUCUACGAUGUGCUAAAGGUGCGCAAGGUCGAGGAUCUCGGCAAGGUGGACUUUGACGAGGAGGUCAAGAAACGUAGUCAACGAAUCUAUGUGCCGAACUGGUUCACGGUAGAUCUAAAAACGGGAAUGCCAAUGAUAGUGUUAGGACAGGACGAAGUGGAUUGUUAUGCGGCAUGGGUAUCGGCUGAAGCGGGUCUCUCGGAGCACGCGGAACCAGGCUCGGAUCCCAAGGUGAAUUAUGGCAGCUUGCUUCUGCAGGCGCUGCUGGAACACUGGAAACCGCCACCAACCCCACACCAUCAUCAUCUCGGUCCAGGAGAGUUAGAAAACGGAUGCCUGGAUGGCGAUAUCCGUGGUAACGAGUACUUUAGCGUACCGAAGCACACGCCCAUCAUUUUCAGCGAGGUUGGUGGCCGGAACGUGUGCCGGUUGCUGGUAAAGGAUGCAGCCGGUGAAACGGAGAGUGCCCUGCUUAGCGAUACCGUACCGUCGUGGGUAACGAAUGUUGUGAUCGAUCGCACACUGCCCAAGUUCAUCAAGCUACCAUUCUAUCUGCUGGCCCAUCCAUCGAUGCUUAAGCAGGAUCGCAGCAAAAAGCUUGAUCUCAUCAACCACCAGGAACGGCUGAUCGCGAACGAGUUCAUCCAGUGCAGGAAGGUGUGCGAGCACGUGCUGGAGAAGGUGCUCGGAAGCGAUCUGCCGGCGAGCACCGGCAAUUCCAACUCCUCCCAGAACAACAGCCAAAGCGAUGCCAACUCGGAGGGCAGUCAGGUACCGGCCGAGGAACGGAUCGAGCUCCUGUGCAAUGAUGUGCUUUGCGACCCCAACAUGGAUCUACGCACGGUACGACACUUUAUUUGGAAACAAUCGUCCGACCUCACCUUCCACUAUCGAACAAAGCCAAACUACAGCAGCUAAGAAGACGAGUGAGCGGAUGGCAACGCCUGUAGCCAUUACUAGUACUAGAACGCCAAAAGAGGCAGUCAAACUGUCGGCCCUGUACUACGGUGUGUGGCAUGUGGUCGGAGUGCUAGCAAUGCCUGUCUCUUGCCUGAGCGUGCACACUUGCUUGUGGCUCACGUUCACGUUUACUUCAAACAUGUUUCGCAGCUAUUCCUGUCUAUGUGCUAGGCGCCCUUACUCCCUGGAGGUAGGGGGAAGGGAGAUGCCUGCCAUUUGCCAAUUGUAUUAUUAACCCUUCGUCGCCGAUUCCAUUUUUUUUAACAUUGCAAACAGUACAGUGACAACCGGGAACUACUACCCACUAGUUAGGCCUAGUACGCCACCUCCAUCAAACUAACCUCAUAUUCACAGGGCAUGGAUAAAAGGGCUUUCGUUAAAGAAAGUCUCAACAGAAAGGGAGGUAAGAAAGGAAAUAGAGAAAGAUAGAAAAUCAAUUACAAUGCAACGAUAGAUCAUGAAAAGAGUGUGGUACCUUUUAUCUGGAGGAUUCCAGAUACAUCUUUUCAUACUUUACCGACGAUCUGUAUUCCGUACACAACCCGUUUUCACGUGGAGAAUCGGCCCACAUACACACAUACACAACACGCACACACACACUUACACUCAGUAGAGACGCCUGUGAUUUCUAUUAUUAAAUUGUUAUGUUAACUCAACAAGUACUCUGCACGGAUUGCUGCAGUGAGGCGCGGUCCUGGGACUACUGAAACUUUCGAGGCCUCAAUCGCGCUGGCUAGGUGUUAUCCCCAGAUGGAGUGAGGCGAAUGUCUGUUUAGCCCUCGAAUGCGCGGGGAAAGUAGAGCCUGGUGAAGAAGAUGUAAUUAGUAGUCAUGUUCAGGGCGUAUGAUAGGAAUAUAAGGACAAUUAGAGGGAUCGAAAGCGCGAGAGUUGAGGGAGAGACAGCUAUUUGUAUCGAACAAAUAAAACAAAACAGUGCAACAGAAGAAAAGGUGUAGUAGAAGAAAAGGAAAAAGAAGAAGAAGGCGAAGGAGCUAGUGUGUUGCUAUUAAAUACGUACAACGAACAUGUAACCUUUGAAUUGUGAAAGAACAAACGAGCGCAGAUGAUGAUCUGGCCGGAGGACAAACGAAAUACUAGGGAUUUAAGAUUCACUGUCCGAUUUAACAGGGCGCGAUUCAUCGGGCACCAACAGUACCAACGGAUUACUUGAUAUCGCACAGUAACGCUACACCGCGCAUGGUCCAAUGAUCCGCUGGCUUGAGUGUCUGCAACCAGAGCGGCGUAAUGUAGUUCAAAUCCGUCCGGUUAGCCUUCUUAUACACCGGGCACUGCGGAAGAAACGAAAAAGGAAGAAA